CUUGUACUGUCACGCUUGAGCACCAAAGCACUUCGUAGCUCACCCUUACCCCCCUUCCCUUCCCUGCCCCUCACCUCCCCUCCCACUCCACCCCACCUUCCUUUUUCUCGAGUCGCUGUCACUGGCGUGUGGCCUCUUAUGUCCCCCCCUCCGCUUCGAUGCGCCUCCUCACCUCCUCAUUGUUCAAUGCCACCCGCUUCUCUUCUACCCGUAUCUCAAUACGUCCUGCCAUCUGCCCGCCGUCUUCGGCAAUAGGAAAGAGAACCUUUACCUUGACGACCUCUAGCUCUUUGUUGCGCCUAGCCUCCAGUAGUGUCUCAUCACAGAGCUCAGGGUAUGUCAUCUUCAUUCCGCGCUCGAGUACUCGUAGUGCUGCCUCUAGGCGCAUUUACUACACCACCACCGGCUUGUUACAUUGCAUCCACUGAUCUCAGGAUUCUAGUCCCCAGCUCAAUUCCUGCCGACUCCGUUCCUUAAAGCUCAAGUCCUCUCCUCUGACCUCCUCGAUUCGACACUGUUCCUACAGAAGAAACAAGAUGUGCAAGCUGCAUGGCGAAGGCGAUGUUGCCAGUGCGGGACUCGACAUUUCCAAGGGAAGAGAAAUCCUGCCUGGCAAUGUUGUCCCCAAGCACUAUGACAUUACUAUGGAGCCAGAUUUCAAGACAUUGACCUACAAGGGAACCGUGAUCGUAGAUUUGGAGGUGGCAGAAGACUCAACAUCCAUUUCUUUGAAUACUCUGGAACUUGACAUCCACAGCACAAAAAUCAUCUCAGGAACGGAAACAAUUAGGUAGGAUAGCAUUCAUGGAUUCGAGAGAAAAUUCAAUGUGAUGUGACCGGGGCUAAGUUGCUACAGCUCUACUCCUACCCUGGCCUACGAUGAGGGAAACCAAAUCACCAAGAUCACAUUCGAAAAGAGCCUUACCAAGGGUUCCAAGGCACAGCUUGAGAUCAAGUUUACCGGACAGCUCAAUGACAAGAUGGCUGGUUUCUACCGCUCCACCUACAAGAAUGCCGAUGGUAGCGAAUCAACCCUUGCUACCACUCAAUUGGAAGCUACCGAUGCUCGCAGAGCUUUCCCAUGUUUCGAUGAGCCGGCCUUGAAGGCAGAGUUUACCAUCACAUUGAUUGCCGACAAGAACCUCACCUGUUUGAGUAAUAUGGAUGUGGCUUCUGAAUCAGAAAUUCAGUCAGAAAUCAGUGGAACCACGAAGAAGAUUGUCAAAUUCAACAAGUCUCCUAAAAUGUCGACCUACUUGGUUGCUUUUAUCGUUGGUGAGCUCAACUACAUCGAAACCAAGAAAUUCCGAGUUCCUGUCCGAGUUUACGCACCACCAAACCAGAAUAUCGAACACGGUCGUUUCUCUCUGGACCUUGCCGCACGAACUCUUGAAUUUUACGAGAAGACUUUCGAUAGUGACUUUCCUCUUCCAAAGAUGGACAUGGUUGCCAUUCCUGAUUUCGCUGCUGGUGCAAUGGAGAACUGGGGUCUUAUCACCUACCGUGUUGUGGAUGUUCUGUUUGACGAAAAGACCAGCGGAGCUUCCACAAAGGAAAGAGUUGCCGAGGUUGUUCAACACGAACUCGCCCAUCAAUGGUUUGGAAACUUGGUUACUAUGGACUUCUGGGAUGGUCUGUGGCUGAAUGAGGGAUUUGCUACCUGGAUGUCGUGGUACUCUUGCAACAUCUUCUACCCAGAGUGGAAGGUGUGGCAAAGCUAUGUCACAGACACACUUCAGGGAGCAUUGUCAUUGGACUCCCUUCGCAGCAGUCAUCCCAUCGAAGUACCAGUAAAGAGAGCUGAUGAGGUUAAUCAAAUCUUCGACGCCAUCUCCUACUCUAAGGGAUCUUGUGUUCUUCGAAUGAUUUCCAAACAUCUCGGAGAAGAUGUCUUCAUGGAGGGUAUCCGCCGAUACUUGAAAAAGCAUGCAUAUGGUAACACCCAAACUGGUGAUUUGUGGGCUGCACUCAGUGACGCAAGCGGACAAAACUUGGAAGAGACUAUGGACAUCUGGACCAAGCACGUCGGUUACCCUGUCGUGAGUGUAACCGAAAAUGCUGGUGACAAUACCAUUCACGUGAAGCAAAACCGUUUCCUUCGUACUGCGGAUGUCAAACCAGAAGAAGACAAAGUUCUUUACCCAGUAUUCUUGGGUCUCCGUACCAAGGACGGUAUUGAUGAGGAUCUCGUCUUGUCGAAGCGUGAAGAUACAUUUGAGCUCAAGGAUACCGAUUUUUUCAAGCUCAAUGCGGACCACAGUGGUAUUUACAGGACCUCGUACACACCAGAACGACUCGAGAAGCUCGGCCGGGCAGCCAGAGAUGGUUUACUGACCGUCGAGGAUCGUGCAGGUAUGCUUGCAGAUGCAGGAGCUCUUGCAGCUUCAGGGUAUCAAAAGACUUCCGGUGUUCUCAACUUGCUCAAGGGAUUUACCGACGAGAAGGAGUUUGUUGUCUGGAACGAAAUUGUUUCCAGGCUUGGUUCGGUCCAAGGAGCCUGGAUAUUUGAGGAUCAAAAGGUUCGAGAUGGGUUAGAGUUGUUCCAACGUGAUCUUGUGAGCGAAAAGGCACACAAGGCAGGUUGGGAUUUCAAGAAUACCGAUAAUCACAUUGAACAACAAUUCAAGGCAAUGUUGUUUGGCAGUGCAGGUAUGUCUGGCGAUGCAAUUGUCAAGAAGGCUGCCAAGGAGAUGUUUGAGAAGUUUGCGGCUGGUGAUAAGUCUGCCAUUCAUCCAAACAUCAGAGGAAGCGUCUUUGGUAUGGCCCUGAAGUACGGUGGCAAGGAAGAGGUAAGUUGCCGGUCAACAAUAGCAUGAUUCACUCUAACUUGUCACAGUACGAAGUUAUUCUUUCUACCUACCGUGAGUCCAAGAACGCUGAUGAGCGUAACACCGCCCUGCGAUCUCUUGGUCGGGCCAAGGACCCAGAACUCAUCAAGCGCACCAUUGCACUUCCCUUCAGUGGAGAAGUCAAGGAGCAGGAUGUUUACCUUCCAAUCAGUGCCCUCCGAACUCAUGCACAGGGUAUCGAAGCUUUGUACUGUUGGAUGACUGAGAACUUUGACGCGCUAGCGUUGAAGUUCCCAGCCGGUCUAUCGAUGCUUGGAUCCAUCGUUUCCAUAUGUACCUCCAGCUUUACCAGCCAGGCUGAUCUAGAUCGCAUUCAUAAAUUCUUCGAGGGCCGAAGUACAAAGGGGUUUGAUCAAAGUCUUGCACAGAGUGCGGAUGCUAUUAGAGCGAAGGCAGCAUGGCUUGAUCGGGAUAGAGAAGAUGUCAAGGCUUGGGUUGAGGCCUACCAGAAUAAGAACAUCAAGAGCGGGUUGUAAGAUUUGGGGUGUUGUGUUAGAUGAUUUAUUCUCCACUUCUGGGAUAGGAAAGAUAGCACGGUGUGUCUACUAUCGAACUAGAUGAGAGUAAUCACGAUACAAAGUUAUAAUUCUCAUGUAACGUAUACAUUGAUCUCGUUGUUUUCGUAUUAUAUACAUGCCUUUUCUAAGUUUAUUCCAUAGGAGUGAGAAAUUCGAAUCUUUCCGAAAGCAUAUCAAGGAAGAGGAGCGCACUUGAAUAUUCUAUUUGAUAGACUAGAAGCGAAUCUCAAACCAACCUUCAAAGCGCUGAGCAUGUAAUGAGUAAAUCUUACGAGAAUGUGAUAGGAAUAUUUGGGUGGGGCCC